AGAGUUUGCGUCCAGUCUUAGAAGAGCGGUUGUGGAGAUAAUGUCAGUCCAACGAUCACAGUGACAAGUGUGUGUUAGGUGACAUUUCGAAAUUCUACAUCGAAAAGAAGAAGGCGUCCACCCCUCCGGAUCUGUAUGGUGGCUCAACGGAGGGCAAAUUACCACCCACUUCAAGGCGUGACAUUCUCCCAUCUAAAACCGGAUCAUGCGGUGGCAUGAUUUAUGGAUAGCAGCCGUUCUCCUGUGCAGUGUGACGAGCGGGGUGCUGUCCCUCCGCGGCGUCGAGCUCGUACUUGCUGCCAAAUCCAAAGCCGCCGAAGAAAAGCUAAAUCCUACAACUGAGGAGGUGACAGUUGUAGUGGGUGAUGAUGGUACCAAUUCCACUGUAGUCAAGACAAAAUCAUUAUUAACUGGAAUACCUCAGAAAGAUUAUAUCCAUGAUCCAAACUUACCGAGGGAGUUGAAAGGCCAUAAUCUAACCGAUUAUCCUUUCUAUAAUAGUAUGCCAGAAGAUAUUGAGUUUGAAUGCGAUGGACUACAUGAUGGUUUCUAUGCAAGUGUCCCUCACCAUUGCCAGGUGUACCACCAUUGCUUGUUUGGUACAAGAUAUGAUUUCCUUUGUGCAAACUACACUGCAUUCGACCAAAAAACAUUUAUCUGUCAUUUUGUAUCAGAAGUAGAUUGUGCCAAUUCUCCAAAAUACUACAUAAGAAAUGAAGCACUGUACAAACAGUCUGAAACUACCCCAGCAACGACUAAGGCACCAUCUACUACACCUACUACUACAACAACCACAACACCAGCACCACCUAGGAAAAGUGUAGGAAGAAGGCGAAGGCCUUAUAGAAGGAGAAGGCCCAUUUAUGAAUACUAUUAUGAUGAUGAUGAAGUCUAUGAUGAUGAAUACUAUGAUGAGGAGGCUGACCCUCCUCCAAGAAAGACCAACAGAAGACAACCAAGACCAUCUGGCUCAAGAAGAGAUGAUCAUACUACAACAACAACAACUACUACUACAAGUACAACUGCAAGCCCGCCAUCUGGUGAGGUACCGUUAACAAGAGCUCCGUUGUCAGUUUAUGCACCAAAAGUUCUCCCAAAAAUAAAAAGACCAGUGCCAUUAAAUGAAAAAGCAAAAUACGAUUAUACCACAAGGCCCGGAACAAUUGUUCCGACACCCACCUCUGAUCCAAAAUCAGAAGAGGAUGAAGAAUACUAUGAUGAAGAGUAUGAUGAUCCUCCACCUCCUCCCCCACCCAAAAAAAAAGACUCAGGAAAGAGUGGAAGAAGACGAAUGCAACAUCAAGAAAGGAAACGUCCUAGUAGGUACGAAGACGAAUAUGAAGAUGAAGAAGAAGAAAGGCCAAGAGUGCGUAAAGGAAAUAGAAAAGAAGAUGAUUACAGACAUAGGCCUUCAGGAUCAAUGGGGAAAGGAAGAAAAGGCCAUCGUGAUAGCGAAGAGCCAAUUCCGUCAGAAAGACCUGGUUAUAUAAGUGGACGAGGAAGUUCGAGGAGAAGAUAUCAGGAUGAAAGAAGAAGACCUGAUAGAGACAGGCGCCCAUCAAAAGAAUACGAAUAUUAUGAUGAAGAUGAAGAAGAAGAAUAUUCCAGGUACGAUGAUGAAGAUGACAGGAGAAGGCCUAGCAGAGGUAAAAUUGAGAAGCCGAGAUCAAGACCUAAAAAACUGACAACUACAUCUACAACCACGACUACAACUACUACCACACCAAAACCUCCACCACCUUCAACAACAACUCUGGAACCAUAUGAGGAAGAAGAAGAUGAAGAAUAUGAAGAAUAUGAUUAUGUUGAGCAACCAAAAUUCAAACCAAGAAGUAAAAACGAUAAUAGAGCAACCACAUUAGCUCCUCAUCGGUUUUCCACGACUUCAUAUAGAAAUUCAAAAAUAACGUUAUCCCCUACUUCAGAAUCAGUGACAAAGCAAAAAUCAUCUGCAGUUACUUUUCGACCUAGGGUCAAAUCUGAUUUUAAAAGAACGACGGCGAAACCUGAAAUGUUCAACUCGCAUGUUGGAAGUCCAUCAGGUUUUCGGAAACAGGAGGAGGAUUUAAAAUAUAGAAGGCCAAUAUCUGAACUUCCUAGAAGACCGUUUCCAUCACAGACCUCACCUUCAGAUGAAGUUUCUUACAGAAGGCCACAAAAAGCAGACAUAUCGUUACCACUAGAAGAAAGCAAAUCCUUGAGCCAAGAAUUUUCAAGUUCUGAAGAUCAACAAGCAGACACAGGAUCAUUCAGAAAGUCUCUGAGACCAGAAUCCACCCCAACACCAAGUAUUACACAACCCUCUAGAAAUACUGAAGAUGUAAACCACAGUUACAAAAGGCCCGUUAAGUUUGAAUAUUUUCAACCUACUGCUACAGGUCCUGAUGUAAGAAAUGAAACUUCUUUGAGAAGGCCUGCCAAGACGGAACCACUUUUGGCAACCAAUGCCCAAGAAUCUAACAGAAAACCGGAUAACUUUAAAUCAUCUCUAAAACAAGAACAAAACAUUCCUCUAACCGGGUCGGCAUCCAUUCGAAGGCCAGAAGACAAUUUUAGAAGGCCUUUUAAGCCCGAUGCCUUUCCGAUUACCACUUCUGAAGGUCCGAGUCAUAUAUUUAGAAGACCUUAUAUCACAACUGGACCCGAAGGAUCAAGAAGACCGAAUGAUGACCCAUAUAAGAGACCCUUCAAAAUAGAAAGUGAAGAAACAGAAAGCGAUUUUAAAAAUCACCAAAGUAACUCAAGGAACCCUGAUGAACACAAUUUUAGACAAUCCUUGCAGGCUGAUGUGCGACAGAAACCUAAUUUCAAAGCGAGCUUUACCAUCCCAACAGGACCUGAACAUUUUAAGCGUCCAGCUCUCGAUGGAAUGCCGAUUACAGCUGCAGGUUAUAGACGAGGGAAUAGACCUGGCAACAAAGAUGUUAAGAAACCUUUGGAUGAACCACUUUAUCAAAGUCAUAGGCCAUCGCCGUCACAAGAACCAAAUCAAGACCAAGGACCCAAUUAUAGAAAUCCAUUUGUAAACACACGUCCAGUUAAAGAAGAACCGGAAUAUUUUAAACCAUCAAAAAAUGUUGAAUUUACAGCCCCAGGACCGUCUGGUGAAGCUUCGACUCAACAUCCAAUUUUGACCUAUGACAUCGAUGAAGAAUAUGACGUGACAUUGAAUGACGCCCUCCAGCCAUCUACUUUAAAUCCAACACUACAAUACACAAGAGUGAAGACCCGAGGUUAUCAAUCUGCCGUCACCCAUCCGUCAUACCGCAGUCUUUUACUUCCUUCCGCUUCACAAAAUUAUUACAGCAAAACUCCUCUACAAGCGUCCGAAGAAUACGAAGCCGUAGUCGUACCAGCAGCAAGGUUUACCCAGGCGAGAUACAAGCACAGAAGGCCCGCUGAAUGGUAUUGGUGAAUUGAAAACGGAACCAAUAACCUGUAAUUAUGUGUAUAAAUUUUAUUUAAAUUUGACUGAAUCAUGACUAGCCAAUGUAUACAUUUGAAUGAUUUCAAAAUUCCCUUGUCUGUGAGAAGGUUGUCGGCCCAUUUCAGGCUGACAUAGCCCAAAUGUGAUAUAUAAUUAUCAACAUAGAAUUUCAAUGUAAUGUAUGUAAAAAAUUAGCAUAAAACUAAUUUGCACGAUAAUUUAUAAACAAACAAAAUAAUUGCUCUCUCAGUCAAACUGAAUGAGAACAAUUAUAGUACAUUGUCUAUUUAAUAACUAUAGAUGAACAAAUGUAAAAUAUAUUGACUAAGAGUUGUGAAUAAAAAUAACAUUACAAAUUUCCUU